AUGUACAGGGACGUGGAAUUGCGUAAAUUACCGGCAGGUACUCUUUGUGACGUUAUCAACACCCUAGAAACAAAUAAUGAUUGGAAAACAGUUAUGACUUUUAUACCUAAGAAUCCUAAAAGUAACAACUUCGAACCAAAAUACAAUGAAGAACACGUAAGACUCAUUGAAGAGUAUGCGAGAUUAUGUAAUAGGCAAUGUGCAGAAAUAUUGCUAGAUGAAUGGGGAACUUCAGGACGAAUCAGGCCAACAUUGUCAACGCUAAAAGAAAUUGUACUUAAGGCAAAUAUUUUAAAAGCUGCGGAUCAGAUAGCUGCAUUACUUGAAGAAGACCGCCCCCGUCGGCCAAGUAAUGGUCCAGGAGCAGACAUAGAUACAGGAAUUACUAUAUUAUUAAAUAAUGAGCAAAUUGAACAGAGAUUUAAUGAUUAUGAUCCAACCAAGAGAAUCCAAAACGAGUUUUCAAAUGAAAAAAACUUGUACAAUGUCAGCACUUUGCCUUUGAAAUCUGAGAAUGAUAAAGUAUUUAGUAGUCGCAACAUUCCAGAUAUAAGUUUUUUACAAUCCUUGAAUAAUAAACCUACUAUUCCUGUAAUUCCCAGUGAAUCUAGAAAUCUAUCAGAACCAUCACUGAAUAUACCCAACUUAAGUUUAAUACUUCGGCAUGUUAAUAAAAAUUCAGUUCAAAAUGUAAGUACUGGAAGCCAAAGUGAUGUUGAAUCAACACAAGACUCUGUAGAGUCAGUUCAUAAGCAAGCAAAAGCAGAAAAUAACUCACAUUUUCAGAAAUCUUUGCCAAACAUAACUGACUUACAUAGCCAUAUUGAUAAAAUAAUACUAGAAGAUACUAAUUUAAUUAAUUUUGAGUAUGGUGAAUUAGAAAAUAUAACAUGCAAAUUUUCUGAGACCAUUGUUAAAGGUCCAUUUGGCCCUAGUGGUAAAAUAGGUAGUGGAGGGUUUGGUGAAGUUUUUGUGGGCUAUCACCCAAAAUAUGGAAUCCCACUAGCUGUUAAAAAAAUUCACAGUCACCUUCUGUGGCCAACGCAUAAACCACAAAUGGCAAUUGACAUGUUUAAUACUGAAGUCAAAAAUUUGACACAAUUUAGACAUAAAAAUAUUGUCCCAAUAUUAGGUUUCUCGAUGAAUGGCCCUGUUCCAUGCAUUAUAUGUGAAUAUAUCGAAGGAGGUUCCUUAGAACAACAAUUGGCAGCAAAAGUGUUAAAUGAAAGACAAAGAAUAAAUAUUAUGCUUGGAACUGCUGAAGGAUUGAAGUAUUUACACAAAAGUGAGCAGCCAACUCAAAGCAUAUCUGUAGAAUCUGAUACACAGAAUGUAAGGAAAAAUAAUUUUGUGCAUCGAGAUGUAAAGAGUGCUAACAUUUUAUUAACCAAAGAAUGUGUUCCAAAGAUCUGUGACUUUGGACUCGUUAAGCAAUAUGAAUCAACUUUCGUUACUACAUCACCGAUGGGCACUUCAGCAUAUAUGGCCCCUGAAGGCUUUAAUGGAACCAUUACUCAGAAAAUAGAUAUUUAUAGCUACGGGAUAGUCCUUUUGGAGCUACUUACAGGUUUAAAGCCCAUAGUUGUCAAUAAUAACAGUGACACAAUAAAUAUCAAGGAUUAUGUCAAAGAACAUAUAAAAGAAAAGGGGGAAAUUGAUAGUGUACUAGAUCCAGUUGUGAGUAAAUGGACAAAGGCGGAAGAAAUAUAUAAACUUUCAGAAAGUUGUUUACAGCUCGAAAGAACCAGCAGACCUUCAAUAGAAAAUAUAUGCGAGGUUUUAAAUAAUAUAAAUAAUAGCUGA